AUGGCGUCAGAGCGGCAGAGGUUUCCAGGAACAGACGGCGACAUACUCAAGGUCUUGAAGCCGCUCGUCGACAGCAAGGGGAAGAGCUUCUUGAAGUACGACGAGCACGAGCAGGUCAUGAAAGCGGGGACUCUUCCAGACUUGAUUAAGCGAGCCCACGACUACCUCGAUAUCAUGCACGGCCUCCAAAACAACCUGUCCUUCAAGCGUGCGCAGAUCAAGUCGGUCGCGACCGCGAUCGCCAACGAGUACAAGGAGAAGUGGAAGCUCUCUGGGCCGAUGGUGAGGGACUACGCGAUCACGAUGGAGAGGCGGAUGUGCAACAUCCAUCAUGUCGUGGGCCAUGCCAUGACGAAGAAAACGCCGCCAGGCUGGGUCAACGAGCUGCCUUGGAAGGACACCAAGGACACCAAGUCCAGCAAGCAGCAGAAGGACACCGAGGGCACCGAGUUCGCCUACGGCUUCAGAAAGGACCUGCUGCUGGCCUACAGGGCACCCAUCGGACGGAACGGUCAGCCCACGAAGCGCCUGGAGUUGGCGCUGCCCCCCGACGUGGAAAAGCUGCAGAAGCUUCCUGCGACGUCGAAGCUUCCAGCAGUGUUUCCAGACGGCUCCGAGCACAGCUUCGACGAUGUAACGGUUGGCCAGGUGAUCGAGAUGAUGGCGUCGAGGAGCUCAGCCCAGUCGGCCGAGGACGCCCUGUGGGAGAGCGAAACCAAAGGCACACACAAUAAGAUAACCAUCGAGCAGAGAGUGGACCGUGCGCUGCUGGUCAGCAUCUACGAGCAGACGAAACAGAUUGCUCAAGUUCGGCCUGAACAUUUUGGAAAAUUUCCAGGAGAUCAGCCAUGCAGGGUGCCGAACAGCACCGAGGCGAUUCAAUUGACACGUGAGUUCUUGAUUCCGAUCGUGACAGACUACUGCAACGGGAAGAUCACGGACAGCAAGGCUCUGAAGAUUGCGAUCAAGGAGAAGCUCAAGGAGCUCGGACACACGGCGCAGCUCCCCUUGCCUACAGGUGCGAAAAGGGCCUCCUCGACAUCAGGUGAACCGCCACGGAAGCGACCAGCAGCCGCAACUUCAAAGGAGAGCCUGCAGAAUACCGAUCAGAAGGAGAUCACGAUGAAGAGGCCGAGCGCCGCCGACAUCGUCGAGCCCGCCAGGGAGACCAGCCCGCCCGAGGACGCGACCGACGACGGCAUGGCGGCCAUCGAGGCCGACGAGGACCUCAGCGAGCAGUUCGAGAAGGGCCUGCAAACGAUCAGCGACAGCGACUGA